CCACAGCAUCCUCCGCGAUCAAAAACAAAACCAUCACCACACACCCCCCCCUCCCCUGAGGCCACACACACGCACACACACCAGAUUCAUCAAGAAAACCUCGAGAGGAUCAUGGCCGGCGUGAACACCAGUGUGGUCGGCCUCAAGCCCGCCGCGGCGGUGCCGCAGUCCGCCUCGCCGGCGGCGGCAAAGCGCGUGCAGGUCGCCCCGGCCAAGGACCGGCGGUCGGCGCUUCUCGGCCUGGCGGCCGUCUUCGCCGUCACGGCCGCCUCCGCCGGGUCGGCCAGGGCAAGCGUCUUCGACGAGUACCUCGAGAAGAGCAAGCUCAACAAGGAGCUGAACGACAAGAAGAGGGCGGCGACGAGCGGCGCCAACUUCGCGCGCGCCUACACCGUCCAGUUCGGCAGCUGCAAGUUCCCCUACAACUUCACCGGCUGCCAGGACCUCGCCAAGCAGAAGAAAGUCCCGUUCAUCACCGACGACCUGGAGAUCGAGUGCGAGGGGAAGGAGAAGUUCAAGUGCGGAUCCAACGUCUUCUGGAAAUGGUGAAGCUGGUCGAUCUGCCAGGCAAUAUGGCGAGUGCUGAUGUAUGUCAGCGCACCGCGUGUACCUAGAUGUCCAAACUGCGCAAGUGUUUCGACUGUGAAGUUAUCGUCGCUGUAAUUUUAUCAUCAUCAAGUGGAAUUCUGUUUUCACCUGGA